UGUCGCUGACAUCACACUCGGUGCUGCUGCAAAAGAAGCUAGCGAGACCAUCUUCCACUGGCUUUCCCAAGUUGACAGCAACCUACAAAUAUAUGUCUGUAUCAUAGCAGUCUGUUUUCAGGUUUAACUAAUACUCCGACUGAAAUACAGUGAAACAAUGCAGAGGCCAUUCGAACGUCUUGCAGCGCAGAUGCAAGAUAUUUUGGGAGAUGGAGGAAUUUUGAAAAGGGUUAUUCAGCCUGGAGAAGGGCCUCUUGUCCCAAGGGACGCGUCAGUAUCAGUAAAUCUUUCGGGAUAUCUUGAAUACUCUGAUGACCCGUUCGAGACAACCAACAAAUUGAAACAUCCUAGAAUGAUGAAGCUAGGAAGAGAUGUGACACUGUGGGGACUUGAGGUAGGCCUCCUGACCAUGAAGAAGGGCGAGUUGGCCCACUUUCUCUUCAAGCCCAAAUAUGCAUAUGGGGACAUGGGCUGUCCUCCACUGAUACCAUCAUCUGCCACCGUGUUUUAUGAAGUUCACGUGAUUGACUUCUUGGACUCAGCCAAGGUUGACGAAUUCUUUGCACUGUCACCGGAGGAGCAGAAUGAUGUCCCUUUGGCCACAGUGCUUGACGUCGUCAAUACACAGCGCUUUUUUGGCAAUCGCUGCUUCAGGCAGAGUCGCUAUGAGGACGCCAAAGACCGUUACAAACAGGGCGUGAUGCUCCUUGAGAACCGUGAGGUGCUGAGAGAGGAGGAAAAGAGCAGUGUUGAGGCAGCACUGGUGGCCGUCCUGCUCAAUCUUUCCCUGACCUACUUUCGACUGGAAAGGCCGACCACAUCCUUGAAGUAUGGGCAGAGGGUCUUAGAAAUGGAUCCCAACAAUGCCAAAGCACUCUACCGCUGUGGCCAGGCAUACCUUGAACUUGGGGAUCAUGAAAAGGCUGCGGAUUUCCUUACAAAGGCACAGAUAAAAAUGCCAUUCAACAAGGACAUCAACAACCUACUGCUGAAACUACAAGAGUCCUACAGUGAAUGCUUGGAGAAAGAGAAAGAAAUGUGCUCCAAGAUGUUUGCAAACCUGAAGAUGUCAUCAAGACAUUGAGAGUAAAAGAAGGGUCCACCUAAAUGCAAAUGUUGGUAAACAAAGUAUUAAAAGCUUCAGGAUGAUGUUUCAUUUCAUCUAAUGGCAAUUAAUUAGUAAGUUAAAAUAUUUUUUAGAAUAAGGAAGCUACCUGAAAAAAAAUUGAAGUUGAUGUUAGUUAAGUCAUUCACAUACUUAAGUGAACCCUGCUUGCACCAUUAUUGUUAUUUUUUUACUGUAUGUAUGUACGUUGGUUCAUUAAUUUGAUAUUACUAUUGAUAAAUAGUAGAAGGAUCACUUCCCUCUCAUAGUAUUUGUAGUUUAACACAGUUAAUGCUACCCAUACAUUAGAAGACUUUGACAAGAUUUGGGAAAGAUUCUUGAAAGAUUGGAGUCCUUUAACUAAUGCCCCCCAUUCAAGCUUUACUCAAAAGACUACAAUCUUUCAAAGUCUUCUGGUGUAAGGAUGGCUUAAGUUGUAGUUAAGAGAUAUAGACUUUCAGUAAAAGGCUGGAAUUAAACAUAUUAUGAAGACACUAUCUACUACUAGUCAACUGGUGUGCUUAUGUGUUACAACAUUAAUCAAGCCAUUAGACUUUUUUUUUAAGAAUUGGACUUCGAAAGCAAUGACAAUUGGUCAAUUUUGUUUUAACCACACAAAUAUCAAGUUCUUCAUUUUCACUGUUGUCAAAAGAUUUUUUGAAUUCUGUAUUGUACUUUUACAAUAUAGUGGUUAUUUGCAUAUAACAGCAACCCAUUUUCUGUUUUUCAUAGCACACCAUAGAAAGAAGUGAUGUGGUAUGGUACAAUUGCAAUGUACUCAAGUAAAGUAUUUUCCCCUCCUAA